GACAAACAGUUCCGGGUUAGUACUUUCGGGCUUUCGGCCUCCGUCCAAUACCUGAAUUAAACGGCCCAAUAUCAACCCCCCUCCCGGUAUUUACCCUAGCCAAUACCCCGACUACUACAUAACCCCAUCGGCCUAAUGGCUUCUUCUUCAUCUUCCUCCCUCAAACCCUUCUUCCCCGAUCUGCAGAUUUCUCUUUCGCAUUUCUGGUUCCCGAUUUCUCUUUUAAUGCGCAAUCGUUCUGCGGAUUUCCAUCGCAGAUCGGCGUUUUUCAACGAUUGCGGCGAGGAUGACGAUGCUUAUUAUUUUUCUGACACCUCUUGUAUGAGGGGAGCCGUCAAAAGCUCCUCGCUGAGCAGAUUAAGCAAUGAUCUGAGCCUCUUCUCAUCAUCUCUCUAUUUCUGUUGAUUUUAUUUUUGAUUUUUCACAAAUAUAAUUAAUAUUUGUGAUAAUCUACUGUUAUUAUUAUUUUCAUUUUAAUUAUCGAGCAGAAAUUCAGGCAACCCCUUUGCGAAAAUAGAAAUUGUAAAGGAAGAUUAUUAAUAUAUAAUUUCUAUAAUUUUUUAAUACACAAAUUACAAGAUAAAAUGGAUUAAAAAAGUGCAUUGGAUGGUGUGAAAAAAUGAAAGUGGACAAAUACUCAGGGACAGAGGGAGUAUAUUUUAGUGUAACUAGAAUAAUUAUUUAACCAAAAGUAUUACUCCCUCCGUCCCAUAAAGUGUUACCCAUUUUGACUAAAGUUGAAAUUAAGGGAGGGAUAAUUUUGUGUUGACUUUCCAAAAAUACCCUUGAUGUGAUGGGUAAAAGUAGGAUGUGAUGUGUAGAUUAUUAGGAAAAAGGUAUGAUGUGAUAGGUAGGGUUUGAAAAAGUGAGGGGUAAAAGUGGUUUUUUAAUAGAAAUGGGUAAGGGAU